GUGAGAGAGAGAGAGCGCGCCCCCUCCGGUCACUGUGAGAAAGUGCUUCGUUACCACGGCAACGGGGGUGCCACGUGCAGGUCGAGGGAGACGCUCGGCCUUCCGUACCGGGCGACUGAGGUGAGCUCACGUUCAACUUGCGAACAUUGACCCGAGCAGCUUUCGUUUGGAGCUGCCAGAAAUGCGAACGCCAGUGUCGCAAUUGCGCUGCAGCUCUCAAAGCGGGAAGCGCAUUUUGGACGUUUCAUUUUUUUUUUUUUUUACAUUCACGAGCGGACGAGCGGUUAGCGCGCCGACUUCACAGCGCGGAGGUCUCGGGUUCGAUGCCGGUUCCGGCCUUCUUGGUGUGGACUUUAUCCCGCGGGUCAAGCGUAUGGACCGCGACAGAGACUUUCUCGGCUUCCGUAAGCAAACACUUCCGGGUUGAAAGAAGCCACCCAAGGCACCUGCUUGCGAAGCCACAUACGAGCGUCAUUUAAGUUGCUUUUUUUUAAACGGUCGAUGCAAACCGCCGUUUGUUUUUCUUGAAAAGCGAGCCUCGUUGCGGAGCGACGCGGUCGCCGAGCAUUGCGCUCAGUCCAGGUCAGUUUUCAGCUGGAAAGAGCGCGCCGUGCAACAAGUGGCCCGAGUGGAGCCAUGGAGGCGCUGCGAAACGUCAUCAAGCAGAGCCAGGGAAGGGACCGUCUUCUCAGAGCCACCCAGUUCGCGUCCGCCCUGUGCGCGCACGCUCUGCGAAAUCAGUCCCGGCGAAAGGAGCUGGUGACCAAAUUCAAGAGUCUGGAGGCCAACUUGAGUGUCGGACGAAAGUUGUUCAGGCUGGGGAACGCCAUGGACGCCGGCGAGGCGGCCAAGCGGAGCGCGCGGCUCUCCGACCCGGUGCUUUGCCUUUGCCUGACCGCGGCCAACGUCAACCGCGCCCUCUACUUGAUGUGCGACAACGCGCUGUGGGCCGCCGGCGCGGGCCUCCUGCCCGAUCUGGACCGGGGCCGCUGGGGCGCCGGCGCCUGCCGCUUCUACCUGCUCUCGCUGGUCAUGAGCCUGACCCGAGACGCGUACCUCGUGCUGCGGCUCGCGCUGCGGCACGCCGGGGACGAGCGCUUCCGGCGCCAAAUGAUGUUGCAUCUGAACCAGAGUCCCCAAGUGGCCCCCGCGGUCAUCCCUCAUUUGGACGCCCUGGUGCUCCUGCUCCUGCGCGGCUUCAAAUCGCAGCCGGCCGUCCUUUUGGACACCGUCAAAAAUGCGUGCGAUCUGCCCAUGCCGCUGGACAAGUUGGGGAUCUACCGCUCGGAUCCGGGCACGCUGGCCUUUUGCGGCCUGCUCUCCUCGCUCAUCGGCAUCGUGACCCUGGUGCGGCCCGAGCUGAGACUGGAAGCCUGAGGCCUCUUCCCGCCCCCGCCGCGGGACUUGCGGCCGCGCCAUCGCUCCGGAGGCGGCGCGAUACGUUUCCGCGCUCGGCCCGGACACCCUUCGGAAUCGAAGGCCGCCCAUUCGUUGCUUCCCGAUUCGAUUUUCUUGAAAAGCCGCACCGACGCGGAUCGAAUCCAAAGCCUGGACCGCUCCGCGGCGACGAUCGAAACUUACCGUCUAUUUGACGAAACGGCGGCCCGCGGCUCCUUUUCAUCACAGACUCUGGCCCAAAAUGGAGUUUGGAUGCUGAUUUCAGAAAUGUCGUCUUCAUUUUUAUUUGGAUAGACUUUUUCUUUUUUUUGUAGCCACUCGGGAUUUCCAGAUACUUUCUUUUUUGGGUCCCUUUUUCAAUUGCACCCUCGAAAGCUUGUGCGCCAGUUGUUCAAUCAAACCCGUAUUCCUGUUUGUCCGUAUGCCUUUUGACAGAUGAUGACAUUCUGUAGUUUUGGCGACAAUCGGUUUGUUGUUCUUGCGCAAAUUAAAACUUCAUUCUUCUUUGA